AAUCUUAUUUAAAUUGAAACAAAUUAUUUACCACUUGAUCCAACAAAUCGUUGGUCAGGAAUGUCAAUUAAAAGCUCUGUUUCCUGACUUAAAUCAAUCGAACUUCCUUAGCACAUUAUUAUAUAUUCAGCUCUGGAUUUGAUUAACAAUGUACGAGUACAAGCAAUCAUAGGGCCGACGAAUUCAAUGGAGGCAAACUUCGUCAUAAGUCUUGGAAACAAGUCUCAAGUACCCAUCAUAUCCUUCUCUGCCACAAGUCCUUCUCUUACGUCCAUCCGUAGUCCAUACUUUUUCCGAGCGACCCAAAAUGAUUCAUCUCAGGUUAGAGCCAUUAGUGCAAUCAUCCAAGCUUUUGGAUGGAGAGAAGCAGUACCCAUUUGCGAAGAUAACGAGUUUGGAGAAGGACUGAUACCAUAUUUGUCUGAUGCUUUGGAAGAUGUCAAUGCUCGGAUUCCUUACCGGUCUGUUAUAUCUCCAGGAGCCACAGAUGAGGAAAUUAAAGACGAGCUGUAUAAGUUAAUGACAAUGAAGACUAGAGUAUUCAUUGUUCAUAUGGCACCAAACCUUGGGUGUCGGGUUUUCAACAAAGCAGAAGAGAUUGGGAUGAUGACUGAAGGGUAUGUUUGGAUCAUGACUGAUGGGUUGACUAAUCAUCGUUUGAUGGAUUGUUGGGAUAUGGAUUCCAAGCUGCAGGGAGUGUUGGGGGUGAGGAGUUACGUUCCGAAAUCGAAAAAGUUAGAUAACUUUAAGCUUAGAUGGAAAAGGAAGUUCUUGCAGGACAAUUCAAGUAUGGUCAAUGCUGAGUUAGACAUUUUUGGAUUAUGGGCUUAUGAUGCUACAUUUGCACUAGCCAUGGCGGUAGAGCGACUUGGCACUGCAAAUUUCAGCUUUGAUAUGUCAAAUGUUCCCCAAACUGUAAGAACAGAACUUCAAUCCAUUAGGGUCUCUCAAAAUGGUCCCAAACUCAUCCAGACUUUGUCAAAUACAAGAUUUAAAGGCCUUAGUGGAGAAUUUGGUUUCACUAAUGGACAACUUAAGCCUUCUGCUUUCCAAAUUGUUAACGGAGAAAGAGGAAUUGGGUUCUGGACAUCCAAGUAUGGAUUUGUUAAGAAGUUAAACUUUACAAACGUGACUAGAUAUUCUACUUCCAGAGAAAAUCUUGGAACCAUCAUAUGGCCAGGAGAUUCAAAUACCGUUCCUAAAGGUUGGGAGAUUCCGACAAACGGAAAGCGGUUAAAGAUUGGAGUUCCGGUGAAAGAAGGAUCGAGUGUAUUUGUCAAGGAAAUGCUGGAUCCAAGUACCAAUUCAACUAUAAUCACUGGCUACUCCAUAGAUGUCUUCAAUGCUGUCAUGGGUGCAAUGCCAUAUGCCGUAACUUACGAUUUCAUUCCUUUCAAAAAUUCUGAUGGGAAGAUGACCGGAUCAUAUAAUGACUUGGUAUAUCAAGUCUUCCUUGGGAACUAUGAUGCGGUGGUGGGAGAUAUUUCUAUCGUGGUAAACAGGUCCUUAUACGUGGACUUCACAUUACCAUAUACAGAGUCCGGUGUAGUGAUGGUAGUCCCGAUCCAAGGCGACUCAAAGAAAAACGCAUGGGUGUUCUUGAAGCCUUUGACAUCGGACCUCUGGGUCACAAGCGCUUGCUUUUUCGUCUUCAUCGGGUUUGUUGUCUGGGUUCUUGAACAUAGAAUCAGUGAAGAUUUUCGUGGACCACCUUUGUAUCAAAUAGGAACCAGCCUCUCGUUCUCCUUGCAGACUGUAGUCUUUGCACAGCGGGAGAGAGUUACUGAUGGAUUUGGAUUUGCCUUUCCUAGAGGUUCUCCUCUUGUAGCGGAUGUUAACAGAGCAAUCUUAAAUGUUGCGGACAGUGAUAAAUUAAGGGAAAUUGAAAACACAUGGUUCCAGACACAAACAAGUUGUAGUGAUUCCACCCCCACUGUUUCUUCUAACAGUCUGGGUCUUGAGAGCUUCUGGGGCCUCUUCCUUGUAGCUGGGGCUGCUGCAAUAUUCACUCUCAUCAUCUUUGUAGCUGAGUUUCUGUACAAGCAAAAGGAUGUGUGGCUUGAUUCAGAAGCAUCGGUCAGGAACAAAAUCCUUAAAUUGUCAAGAAUCUUCAAUGCUAAAGACCUGUCCUCGCAUACCUUCAGGCAGACUUAUGAGAGAAGUCGCAAUGACAGUGGUGUUCAUGUUAUAGGUUCUGAUGAAACCUCACCAAACACCAACAACCUGCAAGGUUCCCCAAGCUAUUGAAACCAUACAGUUUCGAGCUUCGUUUUCUUCAGAGAGCAGUGAAGGACUUCUGCUGCUGGUCAUGAAGGUAUAUAAGUGGCUUAAAGGAUAUUGAUCACG